GUUUCACCUGUACCCAUAGAUGGACAGUUGCUCCCGAAGAGUCGCGUCGAACGUACGUUCUAGCGGGAUUUUUUUUGUUUGAAUUUCAUUUUUUCCGUUCCUUUGGUUCGCUACUGGAGAGCGAAAAAUCAAAGAAAAGAAAAAAAUCGCCAGGAAAAUUACGGUGAAUUUGUGAUGAUGAUGGGUCGGUACCUGCAUUAGUGCAUCGUUGAUGAUAUGCGUAUUCCUCUGUGGGCGACAAGAAGCAGUCAGCCGGUAGCAGAGUAAAUAAAUUAAAAUUUAUGAACCACCGGGCGUGUGCUCGUUCACGAGCGAAUAAAUAAAAUCAAUCUCUGACAAGAGGGGUGGGGACAUUGCCGUACGGAAUCGCAAGGUAAUUCGAGAGCAGCAUCCCACUGGAAGCCUGUAUCGUCAUCGGAGAGCUCUGCUGAGGAGCCUGAGGAGGCAAGCUCUAAUGGCGUGCUUCGCGAAAUUUUUCUCCAGAAAGCACGGUUCGUUUAAUCUACCAGACGUUGGCAAGACAGAUGAUGGCAUUGUGCCCGUUCGAUUGAGUCGGAGAAUCUACGAGCAGGAGUUCAAUCCCAUCGCCAAUGGUACAUCCAGAUCCGUAGGAAAAUUUUCACCGAAAGGUACAGAGCGAGAAUCUGGUUUGGGCAGUUUAGACGAGCGAUUGAAUGUGCCUAACGGAACUCCAUGGGAGGCAAGGCCUGUGUCAGUUCCACAGCCACAAUUCGAACGAAAAACUCCAUUGCCAACCGUGAAAGACCGCAUUAGUGCCAGUUCCCAAGAACCAGACCGGAACGUUAAUCUCGAGCUACUCAAGGAAAUUCAGCAAACUAAAAUACUCCUCCAGCUGGCGCUUGAAUCAAAGCUUCGAGAGCACCCGAACAAUGAUGACCGCCAUCAGCUGGUUAAGCUGGAGAAAGAAAUCAAAGAACUUCAGAACCGUAUCAGCAAAAGUACUAUCGUGCCUGAACCAGUACAGGAAUCAGUUAUCGUUAGACAAAAUGCACAUCCAACCGCUCGGGCUAGUCCACAACCUUCACAUGGUCCGCCCCGUUCGAAUCUCCCGCCACCAAAAUCGUCACUCAGUAGGCAAAUUUCGACGAUCCCAACGCAAGCCUGGGAAGCGAGUGAAACAUCCGAUGACUACGACACGAUACCACCGUCGAAAUCAAAGGUUCAAUCCGUCCCAGAAGUCACCAGCUCCGAAGAAGAAGACGAAGAUGAAGAAAUUCCUGACACUCAGGAUGACACCUCUCAAGAUGAGGAACCAACUCCUCCCAAGUUGCCACCACCGAGAGUACCCUCCAUGGUAGACGACAUGAUAAACCUUUCCGUUCCUUUGAGUAUGGUUAGCAACGAAAUCGAGAAAGCACAGCAAGCACCUCCGGUCCCAUCAGGACCACCACCAAAACGAAUGCCUCCACCAACUCCAGAGAAAGAAGUUACUCUUGGUACUCCGACUCAGAGAGAUUCGGAGGACUCGCUACCUCCACCAAAAAUUGAAGAACUGAACAGCAGUCGCACGGCAGGGAUUCUUAAAAAGGUACGCAAGGAAGGUGUUCUGUCUGACAAAACCGAAGUAAAGGGUUCCCGUGAAAUUGUCAUUCCUAGUCAUCCGAAGCGAACAGAAGACGAACUGUUGAUACGGAAGGCUAUUACGGCUAACGAAUUUCUAAACAACCUGAUGGACGAGGAACGGUUAAAGGCGGUUACGGACGCUAUGAGCCCGAUGGCCUUUCCACCCAACAGCUACAUCAUCAAGGAAGGUGACAUUGGGGCACAUUUCUUCGUAUCGGCAGAUGGAACCUACGAGGUAGUGGCUGAGAACAAGGUCAUCAAGUCUUUCGGACGGGGUGUCGUCUUCGGCGAGUUGGCUAUUCUGUACAAAGCUAAGCGCUUCGCCAGUAUUCGAGUCACUACGGAGGCCAAAGUUUGGAUGCUGGAACGGAAGGUGUUCCAGAAAAUUAUGAUGAAAAGUGGAAGGAAGGAGCGAGAAGAGAAUGUCAAGUUCUUGAGUACGGUGUCCAUAUUGAAGGACCUUCAAACAGAGAAGUUGCACAAAAUAUCGGAUCUGCUGAAAAGGGAGUUCUAUGCAACCGGAUCUACGAUCAUUCAGCAGGGUGAUCCGGGUGAUAAGUUUUAUAUCAUCCGGGGAGGAAGUGUAAAUGUGAUAAAAACCGAUCGGCACGGAGUGGAUAAACUGGUCGGUACUCUGCAGCGGGGAGCAUACUUUGGUGAACAGGCCCUACUUCACGAAGAUCGACGACUGGCCAGUAUUAUUGCAAAUCCCCCUGGAACAGAAUGUUUGACGUUGAAUAGGAUAGCUUUUAAUGAAUUUCUUGGUGGAUUGGAGCAACUGAGGGAGAUAAAGCUGUCGGACGACCUACCCAGAAUUUCCGGUGAUAAAAAUACAUCUUCUGAGUACGACCACAUUCAGCUGCACGAUUUGACCUACAUCGGCACUUUGGGUAUCGGAGGUUUCGGGCGGGUCGAAUUGGUGCGGUACCAAAAGCAGAAAACGUUUGCUCUCAAGUAUCUAAAGAAGAUUGAGAUGGUACGUCAACAGCAACAGGAACAUGCCUACAGCGAAAAGGAUAUCAUGCUGAGCUGCAAUAGCCCGUUUAUCGUGAGAUUGUACAAAACGUAUCGUGAUAAAAAGUAUUUAUACUUCCUCAUGGAAGCCUGCCUGGGAGGCGACGUUUGGACCAUUCUACAGAAGAGUAAACAUUUCGACGAACGGACGGCACGCUUCAUGGCCGGAUGCGUGGUGGAGGCCUUCGAGUACCUGCACAGCCGCAAUAUGAUCUACCGGGACUUGAAACCGGAAAAUCUGAUGCUGGACGAGCAAGGCUACAUCAAAUUGGUGGAUUUCGGUUUCGCAAAGCGCAUCGGUGCCAAUCAAAAAACCUGGACUUUUGCGGGCACUCCCGAAUACGUUUCGCCGGAAAUUAUCCUUAACAAAGGCCACGACAGAGCUGUGGAUUACUGGGCACUGGGCGUUUUCAUCCACGAACUAUUGGUUGGCAAACCACCGUUUCGGGGAAAAAAUCACAUGAAAACCUAUAACGCCAUUCUGCGAGGAAUUGAUAUUAUUGAGCUACCGUCGAGGAUUCCGAAAAAAGCCCAAGUGUUGAUUAAAAGACUUUGUCGACAAAUUCCAGCCGAGAGGCUCGGGUACGGCAAAAACGGAAUUGCCGAUAUUAAAAACCAUCCGUGGUUCUCGGGCUUUGAAUGGCAGCGGUUGAAGGAGCGCACCCUACCGGCUCCUCUGGUGCGCCCAAUCCAAUCCGACACCGAUCUGUCCAACUUCGACGAGUACCCGAAGGAUCAGGACGAGCCACCGGAUGAGACGUCCGGGUGGGACAUCAAUUUUUAACCCACACCUUCAUUAAUACCGACUAAUUAAAAUUGAUUAAUUUAAGCGCAGAUAUAUGUAUGUGUAAUUAUAGUCAUUGUGAUUCAGCGAGCGAACACGUAGCCAUGGUAAGGAUUUUCCACGAGAUUGGCAGAAAGUAAAAAUAACAAUAAAAUACUUUGCGAGUAACGUGAAUCAACUACUGUGGCUUAAUUUUUUGGUGAAAUCAUUUGGAAAAUUUCAUUCAAUUGCGGAAUUUUGAUUAAAAAGAUCUAACUCUCUUAUUUUUAAGUAUAAUACAGUUUUCUUUAAAAAUGA